AUGGCAGCUCGUCUGAAGAGCACCAUCUGGCCCCAAGCCGGCGCCACAUCCAUUGAUGUGUCGCUCUCCACACCCGCUGUAGCUAUAUCUUUGGCUUCUGAUGGAAGGACUAUUCAAGUCACUACAGGCGGUGAGAAGGCCUCAACAAAUUCCUACGACAUGGUUUUCAACACCACAGCUCUAGGGCCUCUCCAGCAGAUGGAUCUCUCAGGACUCAAUCUCGACCGUGACAUUCUCGACGGCAUUCGUGCCCUCAGCUACGACCGGGCUACCAAAGUGGCCAUCAACUUCAACAAGCGCUGGUGGACGGGUUUCUACCCCAAUGUCGACGCCGUGCACCAUGGUGGCGGUGUAUCUAGCAGCGACUUGCCCCUCGGCUUCACUGUCUAUCCCUCGUGGAACAACGGCGACGGCACCAACGUUCUCAUCGCCUCAUGCACCUGGGCCCAAGAUGCGUCCCGCAUGGCAGCCCUUGUCCCGGACUACACUGAUCCCUCAACACCAACACCAAGCUACACCGGCCCCAUCGCCGCAGUCUGCCUCGAGGAGUCUCCGACUUUGAAAGAUUUCCACGGUUACUACAUCACCCAUCACGCCUGGGCCUGGUCCCACGACCCGUGCACCUGUGGUGUCUUUGCUCUCUUUGGACCGGGACGGUUCCAAAACAUAUACCCAGAGUUCCGACAACUUCUCGCCAAUUCGCGGCUUACCAUCUGA